AUCAUGUUCCGGAAAUGGAAAUGACAAAUAGGGAAUCAAUACUGAGGGACAGGAGGCCGGGGGAUGGGGGUGCCGGAGGUGCCUGGGCGACGCGCGUGUUGUGGCACUGUGGUCGAGUGGCAGUGCAGGUGUCGGGCGGCUAAGGCGCAGCUGCGACGGUCUCUCUCCUCUGUGCGGAUUACACGUCCAUUGCUCUCCUGAGGGACGGCGUUGAGGAUCUUUUAAGGGAUUCGUCGGGUGACAGAGAAAAUGAGUACCAGCAAGGACUAUGAUUAUCUCAUCAAGUUUCUGGCUCUCGGCGACUCUGGUGUUGGGAAGACAAGCUUCCUUUAUCAGUACACCGAGGGCAUAUUCCAGCAGCAGUUUAUUUCUACUGUUGGAAUUGACUUCAGGGAAAAACGUAUGAUUUACAAGGGCAAUAGUUUUGCUCGUCCACAGGGUGUCCAUCUUCAGCUCUGGGACACAGCCGGGCAGGAAAAGUUUCGUAGUUUAACCACUGCAUUUUAUCGGGAUGCCAUGGGUUUCCUGCUACUGUUUGAUUUGACUAAUGAGCAGUCAUUCCUCAAUAUUAGAAGUUGGCUGGAGCAGCUAAAGGUAUGGCUAGGGAAACAUUAUUAUAUGUUACAUAUAUUUGACCUAAAUUGUGUGUUAAAGUUUUUGUUCAUAUGUAAUUUUGAGAAUUUUGCAGUUAUGUAUGUCUUUAAUUUGAUGUUUAUCUGCAGUAUGCCUACUAUAUUUCUCCAGGUGACCUGUUUAUUUCAUAGAGUCCUUGAACUGAUAUUUACAAAUAUAUACAACCGCCUAAUAAUGAUUGCCUUUGAAAGUACGAUUAGAUCACAUUUAAAAAUCCUCUAUUUCACAGAUGGGGGCAGAAUCUUUGGGUUAGAGGGUAUAUUUGAAAGUGAUAUUUAUUCAUUGAAAGAACAGUUAGGACACAUUAGGAGAGUACCAAUUUUUAGUACAUAUCGUGCCUUGAAUCUUUCUACAGUUAUAUUCUUACCUCCUAAUGCGAUAUUGAAUUUUAUCCAGGCUCUGGACUUGAUUAUAUGUGGAAGAUCAAAGGAACAGCGGGCCAGAGAUGUUGCGGAGAAGUUUGGCCUCCAGUACAUUGAAACCUCAGCUGCUUCUGGCCAAAAUGUAGAAACUGCUGUAAUCCACCUUCUUGAUGCUGUGAUGAAGAGAAUGGAAUUAGCAGUUGAUUCAAGUCGUCUUCCAGGCAGAAGGGGCCGUGCCAGAACAUUGCAGCAGCAGGAGGAUGAUGAAGUGGAAGAGACAGAGGGUCGCUGUUCAUGUUAGAUGAUGGCAAGAUCACCCCAAAUUUUAGAUGUACCUUUGACAGUCUAUACUAGUCAUUUCCAAAAUAGAAUAUGUAGGCUUUUAGAAAGGAAUUUUUGUAAAGAUACAGCUUUAUUACUUUUAAAAUGUUUGCUCAUCUUUAGAAAAAGAAAUGAAAAGGGCCAGCUUAUCCCUGCAUGGGACUAUAAGCAGAAUACGACCUGGAGCGUAUCCAUUAGACACAGCUAAGACUUUUGACUAUUGUAUUUGAAUGUGCAGCCGCAAUGUAAAACUGUCUGUCAAGACCCUAUUUAGAAACAGUUGGGGCAGAUAGUUAUAUAUCUCAGAGUCAGUUGUCAUAAAAUGACAUUUUUGUAUGCUUACCACAGACAAAUAUUACUGAAAAAAUGUUAAGCACUCUCGGGAAUACCCUGGUAGCCAUGAAGGCUGUAAGGUGCCAUGUAGUUCACUUAUACCUUGAACCGAGCCAGCGUAUACAUAUAUCUGAAUACAUAUAAAGAUAUAUGCAUGUAUAUGAUUGCUUGUAUAUAUGUAUACAGUAGAUCCUUCUAUGAUAUACGCUUAAGUAACAUGUAUAGGACCAGUGCAGAACCUAUAGUGUAACACAUUAAUCUGUAUUGUGGUAAGGUCAUAUCCUGACACAGGCUGAUGGAUAACAUAUUACAAAGUCAAAUCUUAUGCCAUAUUAUACCAUUCAAGCAGUCACAGUGCCUAUUAGCACAAAUCUACUUCCUGUGACUGCCAUAUGUUGAAUGGCACAAAAAUUGGAUUUCCUUUUCUCUGAGCUUUGAGUUGUAUGACCAAUUAAAUCUUGAUAAAAGUACUUUGAUCAAAAGAAGUUGACUGACUUCCGUACAAGUAACAUCAAAUUUACAUUUAAAAUAGCUACUAACUUGUUCACAAUAGGCAGCAUGUAUUCUUUGUGUGAAGCACAGAGCUCAUAUGCCAGGUGACAAAUGUCUUUGUCACUUGUUUGUACCUCUUUGUGAAGUACAGUUUUCUAAAGAAAGGUUAAUCUCUCUUUCUAGUCUCUUUUAUUAAAAGAUUGUAUAUUCCACAACCAGUUUCAUUAGACAGCAGUGAAAACAUGUCUACUGUACAUCUCAUUUUCAUUUGAGCAGCUGAUUAUGCAUGGUGUAGGUACAUCGUUCGUUAUGGCA